GCACUUUGCCGGUCAUAAAACAUUUACGGACUUUUCAUGCACAAAGUGCAGUAAAUGCUUAUGAACAGAACACGGGUGGUUCUUCAUCCACUGUUUCAACUAAACCAACAUUUGAGAGAGAUUUCACAUAUGUUUCACCAAGAAAGUCUUAUGAAGAGUUAUUACUGGGAUCUGGUUUAAAAGAUAAAAGCCCAACAGAAGCAGCCAUUGAAGAACUUGACAAAAUGAAAGCAGAGGAACGCGUCGUAUUGAAUGUGGGUGGUGUGAAGUUUGAAACGUAUCGUUCAACACUCACCGCUUACCCAGAUACUCUGCUAGGACAACUUUUUUUGAAUGAAUUAGAACCUAAGGAGGUGAAAGAAUUCUUCUUUGAUAGAGACUCAACUGCUUUCAAAUAUGUUAUGCAAUUCUAUCGAUAUGGAAAAAUUACAUGGCCAACUAAUCCAUUGGAACCAUCGAUGAGUGACAUAAAACGUGAACUUGAUUUCUUUAAAAUCCAACCCAGUAAAGGUCGCGUGAGCUUACUUGAUAUGGCUGGUGCCAAAGUUGAUUGUUUUGUUGACAUGCUUUCCGAAGCUAUACUUGAAGCUCGUAUUAAUUUCAAAGGAAAGAUUGAUUUCAAAUUCUAUUCGUCGGGUCGUUUCCCAGCCGAAAUAGACCCAAAAUUACCAGGAAUUUCUAGUCUAGUGUCUCAAUUUGAUCACGUAGGAUAUCAUAUAUUAAAUUAUCGCCGUUCACAAGUUGCCAAAACUUUAGCAACCAAUCAGAAUUUAAAUACAGGAGGUCUUAAAGUAGAAAUAAAUCAUUUUCAAACACCCCAAGUUUAUUAUAAAAUUUCUUUAAAUACUUAUCAUAGUAUUACGAUUAAUGCGGUUAGGAAUUCUACAUUAACAUUUCAUAAAAAAGUUGACAGGAAUGUGAGUCAUGAAAAUGAUCAUCAGGAUGAGUCUCGAGAAACGACUAUUGAAAAUGAACAUGAUAAUCAAGUCGAGCCUCAAGAAAGUACAGAAAACACGAAUCAAGCAUCGUUAAUUUAG